AUACAGGUAUUAUUAAUCAUUUUCCGAAUGAUUUAAUCGAAAAGUCAAUAAAUUCUGCCGAAAAUGUGUUUUCUGGUAAUAAUUAAUGUUACAAAAGAUUUUUCGAAAUCAAUAAAUUACUCGGCGCAUUCCCGAAUUCUCCGUCAGAUGUUACUCAAGUCGAAUUUGUAUUGAUCCUGCUGAAAAAGCAAUCCCCACAGCUGCCUGUGCAAGAUUGAAUGCUUUAUUUGAUGAUGAACGAAUAUACGAAGAGGUGGUAGUGACGCAUCAAGGACGAUGCCGCCUGACGGUGUUUCACCAGUUUGUUAUAACAAACUUGUAAACACAUGUCGAUAAAUUUUCUAAAGCACAAAUUUGACAUACAAUCUACCAAUGUUUCAACAUUCCAGUUUAUCAAUUCAUCCAAAAACAAUUUCUCUUGGAUCACUGGCUCUUAUGUGGUUGGCUGUGAUCAAUAUUAACGUGGUUAAUCGGACCUUCCCAUUUUCUAGCAUGGUGUUUACCAUUAUGGUAUUCAUCAGCGUGGUGAAUUUCAACGAUGUCGCGGACUUGAACCGCUGGUCUCUUAAAGGUGAGAAAAGUGAACAUGCGACAGAAAUGACAUCCACGAACUCAAACGUGAUGUUAAACGGUUCUGGUCAUAUUCAAAGCUUCGAAGUAGAGAAACAGGUUCAUCUUCUUUGAGGAUAGAAAUUGUUGAUGGCCACAAUAACGGACACAAUAAUGGACAUAUACAUCAUCAGGGGUAAACCCAAUUCUAUAUGGCUGUAUUGCAAUCUUCCUGUUGCAAUACAUUUAAUUUAAUUCGUUGCAUAAUUUCUUGAGACGAUGGAGCAUCAAAAGAAGACUCGAAAGGGUUACUCGAAUAAAUGCAAAGCUCGAUUUAGUAAAGCGAAUAAGGAAGAAGGAAGAAUUCUUGUAAUUUUUUUUCUUGCGGGUAUUCGUUCUUGGUCGCAAUCUAAGCAAGUUCAAACUUGCACAUGGUGAUGCCCGUAUGGUUGUUAAACAAAAUUAGUUGCAUAAUUUCUUGGAACGGUGCCAGAUGUGUCUCGGUGUCUCUAUCUUCUUGUUUUUCUUAAUAUUAGUUUAUCUUAAUAUUUGUUUUUCUUAAUAUUAGUUUUUUAUAUUAGUUAGUUGAAAAAAUAGAAGUCGUUACAGUAAUUCCCUCCCGAAAAAUAAAAAAAAAUUUUUACACAUAUAUCUACUUUUAUAUUCCACUGCUGCUUUGCUGUAAUCCCAUAUGGUUUGGCACUGAUCACUGCACUGUUUUUUCUAUUAUUUUAUAUUUGCAAUAACUAUUUCUUGCACUUCACUACACAGAAAAAAGUUGUCCAUUCAUAAUCUAUAAUAAUAUAUUUUAUUUUUUAUUAUACGUGUUGGCAUUUAUUUGUUGGGCUCGACUUAUUUAGUUAUCCGUCGUCCGUCUUGUUAUUGCGGGCAUGUAUUAGUAUAAGGCAUUGUCUCGGUAUUUACAUUCUUUUGUAUUGUAUGUCUUCCGUACGUGUUCAUCCGUUCGUCGUCUGAGAUUUUUGUCGAAUUCGUGUCCUCGCGUGAUUGGCGCGAUUUGAAGCGUCGGUUAUUUUGACGACGGUAUAUAAGACGACCGCCCGGUCGAGAGACACGCAUUACACACUCAUUAUUCUCCUCGUAUUGAAUCCGCGUAAUAAACAGUUUUCAACGCAUAAA